AUGCCUAAAUAUUAUUGUGAAUAUUGUGAUAUAUAUUUAACACAUAGUUCUCCAGUUGGUAGAAGACAACAUAUUCAUGGAAGAAAACAUAUAAGUGCAAAAAUAGAAUAUUUUCAAAAUUUGUUAAGAGAAGAAGGUAUUACACCUCAGAACUUUUUAGGUUUUUUGAAUAAUAGAAAUUAUAACAAUUCUAUAGUAAAUCCAAUGAUGAAUUAUAUGCCUACUAAUUUAAAUAUGUAUAUGAAGUAUAAUCAAAUGAAAAAUUACCAGCAUCCUAUAAGGAAUGUUAAUACAUUUCGUUUAAAUAUGCCAAAUAAUAAAUAUUCAAGAGUUGGUUACUUUCCAUCCAAUGUGCCUAAGUAUCCAGCUAGUCAAACGCAAAAUAUGAUUUAUCCUAAUAGUAAUAAAUAUCCUAAUAAUUCUUAUAUGAAUCCAAAUAUGAUUAACAUAAAUAAUAAAAAUAAUAAUUAUAUAAAUAAUAAUCAACUAAAUAAUAUUACUAAUUUAAAUAAUGAAAAUAAAAAUGUUAUCAGUAAUACAACAGAAAAUGAAACUCCUUUUAAUGAUAAUAAUAAUUGCCAAAGUAAUAAUGAGAAUAAUUUAAAUAAUGCAAAUAAUAACUUAAGUAAUGGCAAUAGCAAUAUAAAUAGCACAAAUAAUACUUUAGACAAUUCAAAUAAUAAUUUAUACAAUGAAAUUAAUAAUUUAAGCAAUGCAAGUAACAGUAACUUAAAUAACACAUACAGUAAUUUAAACGAUACAAAUUAUAGUGUAAAGAUUGAUAAUAAUCAUGACAUUCUAAAUCAAAAUGAUUUAAAAAAUAAUUAUAAUCAAAAAGAAGUAAAUUAUGAUAUAAACCCUGAUAAUAAUUACCCAUAUGAAAAAAAUUCAAGUAUUGAUAAUCAAAUUAAUAAUCAAAAUAGCAACGAUAAUGUAAUAAACGGAAAAAACACAAGUGAAUAA